CUCCCUAGAGGAGCUCAACGACGCCAUGUGGUUCGAGUCGGACAUGUACAAGCGGGACAAGGCUAGAUCGGACAAGGCAGACGCUGAGGUUGCGGCUUUCCCCUCUCGGGGGGCGGCGGGGAGCGUCGACGCCGCCGGCUCCCCAGCCGGCUCCCCCGCUACCGGGGCCGGCGCCGGGGAGAGCGUUGACAGAGCAGGAAGUCCACCUGCAGGUCAGGGACCGGCGGCGCAAGCGGCGUCGGCUGAGACGGAGGUCCGCCAGGAACCGGGAAGUACGCCGAUGUCGUUGGCCGCCGCCGCCGCCGCCGCCGCCGCAAACAUCCGCCGGGAGCAGGAGCGAGAGCAGGAUAAGGGCGGGGACGAGGGCGAGCACGAGGGCGAGGAGGUGCCUGAGUGGUGGGUCUUCCCCUUCCUGCUUCUCACAGCGGCGUACAGCCCUUGGAGCGGUCAGGCCCCGUCGGAGUGGAAGCACCUCGACUCUUCGGACGGACUGUCUAAAAAGCGGACGGGCGGGGACGUCACCGUGGACUCUGAAAACCCCGUGUACAGCCCCGCGGUGAUGUCUCGCCUCAACCCCAACGGCGACGCUUUGAGCCGCCGCCAACACUUCGCCGCAAUCAAGCGAGAGAAGGAGGAGGAGAGGAAAGCAGCGGCCGACAAGGAACUUCAAGAAGCCCGGAAGGAAGCCCUUGAGACGAAGAAGGGCCCGGCCGCCUUAGAGGCUGCGAACACACACGUCGACUCCAUAGGCGCGAACAUGAAGAGGAUGGUCGAGCUCAAGGAGGCGGAGGCUGUGGGCAUCAAGCGUGAGAACAAGAUCAAGGCCCUCGAGAAAAUAAUUAUGCUGCGUCUGGGGGACGAGACAGAGAACCGGGCGGAGCUCGAGUUCUUGCUAAACGAGUGUUAGUCAUCCCAUUACGGUUGUCUUGCGUGUUGGCAUGUGAUCGUUGUUCAAAGAAAGGCCGUUGUGUGUUCAUUAUCUCGGUGUUUUUUUGAAAC